GCAGUGAAGUGUUAGAAUAUUUGCUAUUUUAUGUUGUUUACCCAGGAAAGCCUCACCGAACCUCAAGACUAUUUCAAGAUUUUGCUGCCACGUUUUCGCACAGGUUAAGAUUUCUUGAUGUGGAAUUCUAAUCGAGUAAUUUUUCAGUACUGUAUUGGGGAUGUUUGGCCGAUCCCAGUGACAUUGUGUAUGUUAAACUUCUUUUGCACAUUACGUAGCCAACCGUGCUAAUCGGAGGCGCGGGGGUAGGACAACAAACGAAACACAAAAAGCCAGUUUUUUGUGUGGGUUUUAUGAACUCUAGGAUGAAACCCAUGUACAAGAGGCUAAGAAAAUCCACACAGCAAGGCGCUUGAGUCGGGAAGCGAACCCAUCUUGAUGUGUUACCACUUUCCUGCCGCCCAUCACGACGACGAUAUUGAUGCAAUGUAAGUGACACGUCGCCCCCUCUGUUCGUUACCCCGCAGCCCUCUGUCCUGCUCCGAGAACGCGGCCGUGAGCAGGGAAGUUACGUGGAUUCUCAUUAGUGACGCCCUCGUCUCCCCAAGACUCCCCUCUGACGCGCACUUUGCAAACCAAGUGGUGGACUAUCCACGCCCCGCCCCGCGGGGACGCCCCGUUGGCUCCGCGAUUCGCUGCGAUGGAGCGGUCACGUGAGCCGUGAAUUUUUACGGGAAGCGAAGAGUUGCUGGCGGGAAAGGUUUGUGGGCUGGCUGGCUGGCGGGCCGGGGGUGAGAUAGCAACAAGAGCGGCGGUGGUGGCGGCGGCGAGAUCACACAAAGCGAGCAAACAAUAGCAGCUACACAGCCCGCGACUCGAGCAGCAGCAACAGCCCACUCCCCACGUGGCUGCAGUGUCGGGCUGCGGCCGCAGCAGCAGGCAUGGAAGUGAAUCGACUGCCGUAGCAGCAGCAGCGGCGACGGCACGAGAAAGCAAAGCAAGCCGCCUCCAGGUGAUUUUUUUACAUAGCGCUGGGUGACUUUGCAGGAGAAAUGGAUCCGAUCUCCCUCACAAUUUACUUGAAGGGGAUAGGGAAUAAUGCCUUUCAAGAGGGCCGCUACCUUGAAGCCCUCCAAAUGUACGAGAAGGCUCUGCAGGUGCGCCUAAACUACUCCUACUCUUUCGGCAGAGAUGUUUCCCAGCUCUUCUGCAACAUGGCCAUGACUUACAUCAAGUUGGGGAGUUACGCAGAUGCUGUGACCGUGUCACGGAAGUCCAUCGACGCUGACCAGCAAUGGUACAAGGGUUACUAUCGCCUGGGCGAGGCGUUCGCUGGGCUGGGCGAGGCAAAGGAAGCAGUCGCUGUGCUACAACAGGGCCUGGCUGUCCUGCUCGUCUCUCCUGAUCACACCAUCAUCCACACCAUUGAAUUCCUCAUGGAAAUAUUCAAGGCCAUUAACUGCAAGACCUACAACAAGAGCCUGUUUGUAGGGAUUCUCCGGAUGCUUCAAGAACAACCACUGCUGCACACGGAGAAAGUGUGGCACCACCUGCUGCACGAGAUGGCAAAGCAGGGCCUCUGGAAGGAGAUGUACAUAGUGGUGUGUACGCCCGAUGACCUCCAACCCCUAAAUUCCGUGGUCGGAGCGGAGCCAGCAUUAUUCGUCAAUCUCUACUCCCUCUUUCAGCUGCUGGCCCCGGGUCAAGAGAAGUGGAUCUAUUUUUUGGUUAUGUGGCUCAUCAGCCACGGUGCCAAGCCCGCCUCCAUCGGUGCCAACCCCUUGCACGCUGUGAUGAUUCUCAUCCUUCACAUGGGCAUUUAUUGUAAUUUCUGGCUGGUGAACGAGCUGGUUUGCAAAUAUGGGGUGGACAUCAAUGACCAGGAUGCACAGGGGCAGACUGUCCUGCACCUGGUGGCGAGGACGCGGUACUCCAGAGACCUGCAAGUGGAACAGAUCAAGCUGCUGCUGCUCCUGGGUGCGAGCAUCCACAUUCGGGAUAUUUCUGGCUUCCUCCCCUACGACUGCAUCCCACCGGAGAACACUGUGGCACGAGCUGCUCUGGACCCCCGCUCUCGCCACACUGCUCCACGAAACCAAGACCCCCACACUCGCCACACCGCUCAGCCAACCCAGGACCACCCCCGCUCUCGUUACACUGCUCAGCCAACCCAGGACCCUCGCUUUCGUCACACCGCUCCACCUACCCAAGAUCAUCGUGGGGAACAGCAACACCCAGCUCGUGCGAGCUCGCUGCGUAGUACCAGGAGGAACGAGCAGAGCGCGAGGGCGCACAGUAAGAGGCGCUCGCCGGCGAGCAACGCCACUCCCGAGGACGAUUCCCUCCGCGAGGUGCUGGAGGAGCUCGCGGCACUGGCGAAGCGCCCGAGUGAACGUCGCUCCCUUGCGCAGCACCCAGCCACCAGGAAGCUGCUGUUGUGUCUCGAGGACCUGCGAGAGGUGCCUAGCGAGGCGCAUGGUCUGGUGGGGCCCGAGCUUUGGACCGAGCUGCUGAAAGAGCUGCUGAAUGCAGGCGACUGGAGGCACAGCCUGAUGCUGCUGCGAGAUGGGGCGGCUGCCUUGGCUGCGCAGGCCGACCUGUCGGAGCUUUCCAUGCAGACCGUGCUCCCCCGGCUCCUGCCCACGCGCGGCUUCAACAGCGCCGGGCUGCUGCUGCGGGCCCUGCUGCGCUGUGGGGUGCGGGUGAACGGGCGCAAGGAGCUGCCACUGUGCGUGCUGCACGGGGAGAUCGCCAUCGCGCGCCUGCUCCUGGAGCACGGCGCCGACCCGGCCUGGCUGUCCCUUGUGCACGGGGACACGCCGCUGCACGCCGCCCUCAACAUCGCCUGCUCCAGGAGAGACGAAGAGGGGCUGCACAUUCUGAAGUUGCUUUUGGAGAAAGCCCCGAAUGUCAAUGUGAGGGACGCGGAUGGCAACUCCCUGCUGCACCUCGUCUUUUCUUCGCCGCACUCAAAGCAUCACAAUGAGAUACUGCGCUUGCUCGCCUCGUACCGCAUCGAUCACACGUGCCAAAACAAUGAAGGGAGGCACGCAUUCUGGGGCAUCAAGCAGAAAGACCCCCGCAUGCAGAUGUGGAAUAGCAUGGCCUGCAAGCAGAAAGGCAACAGCAGGAAGGGACGUGACGGCAGGAGACGCAAGCGACCACCGGAGCGCAACGGCACGCACGCCAAAAUAGAGGCCGGGUCCAAGGCGUCCUCUGAUUUUGUGGGUGAAACAGUCGAGGAUGAUGAUGAUGACGAUGCUGGAGACGACGUGGAAAAAGUGGAUGCUCUGAAGAAGGAUGUGGUCAGUUUGGCUAGAGACACUUUGGCACGAGAAAUUGAAGAACUCAUAGAAGAAUACGAUCCUGUGAAGAUGCAGACGGCAAAAUCUGCCGAACCAAGGUCUCCUACGCCAACGGUCACCGAGUCGCCUCUAAGUGUCGCCGAACGCCAAGCUGGCGGAAGUGCCCCGCCGCAGCCUCCGCAGCAUGCGCCACCGAGGCAGGAGCUUCCAGAUGCACUCGAUGAAACGUACAGUUUGUCCGACGGUGAAAAUGCUCGUGAUGAGAACAGUGUAGGGGACGAUGACGAUGGUGACGAUGGCAUGGCGGGUCCUGACUUCAACUCGCUGACCUGGGAGAUCGAGUGCACCCGUGAUGCCCUUAGAAUUCUCAACGAUAAGAGCCUCCCGCAUACCACGAAGAGGAAGAUCGUAAGGGUGAUUUACUCGCUUGGCAACGGUGACUGGCACCUUCACCGCAUCAAGCAAGUGAAAGGCAUCGCCGAGUCCAGCGAGAUCAGGCUGUUUGAGGCCAGGUUAGACAAGGCCGCCAGGCUGCUUUGGGAAUUGGCAAUCGACUUUUCGCCACGCUGCAGUGCCGAGCCCGAGAAAAUCAUCGAUUCUGAAGAGUCUACUUCGGGAGAAAAGACUGGAGAAGUCUACAGUGAGAUCAUCCGCAUUUGGGACAUUGUCCUUGAGCACAAGCAACUCGACCACAGAAUAAAGAGGAUAAUUUCCUCCUACAACCGCGGGAUGUCCUGCUUGCUCCACCACAAGCUGAAGGGCAUCGAGCGGGCAUCGUUCCCCUCGCAGCAAAACGUGCGGCAGAGGUAUCCGCUGCUCUUUGUCAAGACGGGCAGCUCUGAUGGUGCCCAGCCCGUGACAGCAGAAGCCCGAGAUUACUUUCCUCCAGCAAGCACGAUGGAGACUGAGUACAACAUCAUGAAGUUCCACACCUUCAGCACGACCGUGGCGCUCAACGUCCUGCGCUGCCCCGAGCAGACGAUCGAAUACCCGUUCCGCGUGGGAGAGCUGGAGCAUGCGGUCAUCAACCUGAACCCCACGCCCUUGGAAGCCAUCAUCCUUAUUGGCCGCUCGGGCACCGGCAAGACCACGUGCCUGAUGUACCGGCUGUGGAACAUGUUUGACAGGUAUUGGCAGACGACCACACUCUUGGGAGAGCCGUGGAUCCCGAAGGCCGUGCUUCCGCCGCCUCCAUUGCCGGACGACGUGGGAGCCAGGGAGAACGUUGCCCUUGACUGCCCCGUGAAGAACGGCUGUGUAGAUGAUUCCAGCCGAAAGGGGACGUGUGAGCUGGAACGGGAAGCUUGCCUCCAUGCUUCAGAGCGUUUCGAAAUUGACCGAGGAAAUUAUUUCUUGGAACCUGCAGCUGAGAUCGGUGCCACACAGCUUGUAAGUCAGCAGCCCGAGGAAGGUGCUGCUCCAAUUUAUGAACAUCUUCAUCAGCUGUUCGUUACGAAGAACCAAGUGCUGUCUCACGAGGUGCAAAGGAAUUUUGUGGAACUAUCCAAAUCUACCGCCGGCACCCGGCACUACUCGCCCAUUAACAUCAGCAGUGUGUGCAGGCUCCAGGACGUCAAAGAUGAUAACUUUCCGCUCUUCUUGAACUCGCGACAACUCCUUCUGCUGCUCGAUGCGUCGCUCGCGAACCCGUUUUUUGCCAGGAACGAAGAUGGAAGCUUAAAGAAAGCCGUCCAUGGGUGGUCCAUGGACGACGACAUUUUGGACCUCAAUAAUGCAGAAGACGCAAUGGAAGAGGAUCCUGACAACGAGGAAGACCACCAGGCGGAUAUUGGUAAAUUUCACGAAUCCAAAAAAGAGGACCCCAGAAAGUUUGUGACGUACGAAGUCUUCACGAGUGACAUCUGGCCAGCCAUGGUGAAGGGGAAGAGCCCGUAUAACCCUGCCAUGGUGUGGAUGGAGAUCAAGUCUUUCAUAAAGGGCUCCGUGGAGGCCCUCAAGAGCCCCAACGGGGUCCUCGGUUUGGAGCACUAUAAGGAGCUGGGCCAGAAGCGGGCGCCCAACUUCACCGGGGACCGUGGCGAGGUGCAUCAGCUGUUCCGCGCCUACCAGCACGUCAAGUCCCAGAGGUGCUUCUUUGACGAGGAGGAUCUGGUGUUCCACAUCUACUCUCGCCUCUGCCAGCUGGAGGUCAUGCCUUGGUCAAUACAUGAGCUCUACGGGGACGAGAUCCAGGACUUUACGCAGGCCGAAUUGGCGUUGCUCAUGCGCUGCUGUGCCGACCCCAAUGCCAUGUUCCUCACGGGGGACACGGCCCAGAGCAUCAUGCGCGGCGUGGCCUUCCGCUUCAGCGAGCUGCGCUCACUCUUCCACUUCGCCAGCCUCCCGCCAAGCGGCGGCGCCACGACGCAUCGCUCGCGCAUUGAUGUGCGCAAGCCCAAGCGUCUCUACGAGCUCUGCCAGAACUACCGCUCGCACUCGGGCAUCCUGGAAUUUGCCUCCAGCAUUGUGGACCUGCUCCAGCACUUCUUCCCAGAGUCGCUAGACUGGCUGCCACGGGACCAGGGGCUGUUCCCGGGGCCGCGGCCCAUCCUGCUCGACUCGUGCAGCUCCGAGGACCUGGCCAUCCUGCUGCGCGGCCACCAGCGCCGCGCCCAGCCCAUAGAGUUCGGGGCGCACCAGGUGAUCCUGGUUUGUAAUGAGAAAGCCAAGGAGCAGCUCCCAGAGGAGCUGAGCCUGGGCCUGGUGCUCACCAUCUAUGAGGCCAAGGGGCUGGAGUUUGACGACGUUCUCCUCUACAACUUCUUCUCCGACUCAGAGGCAACCAAGGAGUGGCGAGUGGUGAACUCAUACGAGGCGCCUGCCCACAACGAUGCCAGCGCCGUGCCCUCACCGCAGCCGCUCCAGGAGGUGUUGCUGGAGGAAGUGCUGCCCUGCUCUCGCCCUCUUAACUUUGACUCCAUUGCCCACAAGGUGCUGAUCAGCGAGCUCAAGCAUCUGUACACGGCGGUGACGCGCGCCCGGGUCAACCUGUGGGUGUUCGAUGACCACAAGGAGAAGCGCACGCCCAUGUUCCGCUACCUCGUCAGGAGGAACCUCGUCUCGCUUGUCCGUACCACCCCGGGCGAAGAAGAGGCCAUGGAUGAUGGUAUCUUUGUGCGCUCUUCCACGCCGGAGGAGUGGAACGUUCAGGGAGAUUACUUCUUCAAGCAUCGUCGCUGGAAGGUGGCAGCCAAGUGCUACCACAAGGGUGGAGAUGCGGUGAAGGAGAAGCUCGCGCUGGCUCACGAUACCGUGCUACGCAUGCAGAGCAGCGGAUGGAGCCCUCGCAAGGCCCAGGACUACCUUACCCUUGCCAAAACGUACCUGGAGUGUGGCCUGCCCUACAUGGUGCUCAAGUGCCUGCAGAACGCAAAGAGCUACCCUCUCUGCGGCAGGCUGUGCGAGCGUCUCGGCAAGGUGCAAGAGGCAGUCAGGUGGUACAUGAAGAGUUCGUGCUUUGACGAGGCUGCGAGGCUCAUUGAACGGUGUGAGGCCGAGCAGAGCCCCGACGGAGGCCUCGCCCCCGACUUUCCGUGGAAGUGGCGCGAGCUCCGCUUCAUGGCCGCCAGGCAUCACGUGAAGCAGGGCGACGAGGACGCGAUGAUGCGCUCGCUCUCCCGCGUUCCCUUCGAGGAGCGACUUGCCUUCCUCAAGAUGAACAACUUUUUGGCCCAGACCAUCACCCUCCUCAAGCAGAGGGGGAGGGUGGAAGAGGCUGGGAAGAUGCUUCGAAAACAUGGGAUGAUUACUGACGCAUUGCAGCUCGCCAGGCCCGGGAGCCAAUUUGCUGCCGAGUGCCUCCUGGCGAAGGCUCGUGCUGCGGUGCAGGCAUUGUGGGCACGCGCCAGCCGACAAGACGAGGGAGAGGAGGAAGCAUUGCGUGGGCACCAGAGCGAAAUAAAAGCAGAGCUCCAGAGCGUGAGGGAAACGUGCGACAAUAACAACUUUGUGAGUGGGAAGGCCGAAGCCUGCUACAUGCUUGGGAAGUUGGAAAGUGACGAAGACCUCUUGCAUGAAGCAAUUACGCUCUUCCUCAAGGCCGACGUGGUUGUAGGUGCUGCCGAAGCGAUCGUGGCUUUGCUGGAUGUUGAGAGUGGGGGGUCGCCGGACGUCAUCCCCAAAAUACUCAAGGUGCUGCAGCCUCUGUUGCAGCUCGUGGUGAGGUUCCUCGGCAGCGCGAGCUCAGAGAAGGCCACGGCUCAUCAAGAGGAGUGGUUGGCGAAGAGCUGCGAGUUUUACGGCCUGAGCCGGAGCGAGAAGACCUGCAGAGUGUUGAGGCACGAGGGUGCCAGGUUCCUCGACGUCCCUGCCAGCUCGAGGCACAGCGACGGUGAGCCGUGCGUACCCACGCCAAAGGCAGACUAUGUCCUCGCGCAGCAUCUACUGGGUCACUGCGAGCGCCUCGUCCGAGCGGCGGAGUCCCGCGCGCGCGAGACGCCGAGCAUCUGCAGACACCACUUGACGGGAAGAGCGUGCUCGCUCCAAGAUUGCCGCGACAUACACGGUACGGCCAGCAGGGCGGAAUUGAAAACGUUGGUGGCGAGCAAAGUUCACCUGGUGACGCUGUCUGGAAUUCUCCUGAAAGUGCUCCCACAACUGGAGUCCCAGAGACCCGAAGCGGCAAAGUUUGUAGAGGCGCUCCUUCCCAAGCCAGAGUUGGCUGACUGCGAGGACCUCCUCGCCCUGCUUUUUCCCAGCCAUUUCCACCUGCGAGGGCUGUCCGAGAGCCCGGCGUCCUGCAGGGACAUCCUGGCGCCUAUACGGAGCAACCCUCAUGUUAGCUCUGUGAUGCACAAGCUCAUGGCGCGAGAAGUCGCCUCCCACAGGGAGAAGAGCCGGAGGGAAUCGACCGACCUAUGGUUAAAAAUGUACUGCACGGCGCGCGCCGUCAAUUCUCCGACAGAGCCCGGCAGGCUCCUGCGCGCCGAAGAAGAAGCGUUUUACCGGCGCGUCGAGCAGAAGAGGCCAGAGCCGGGCAGUGCCGGCAUGGUCGUCCUGCGCAAUGGACGCUACACCAGCUUUUUCAACCUUUUCACGGAAUCGGCGGAGAAGGCAUUCGCGCAGGGAGAUGUGCAGGGCUCGACUCACGCCUUCUACCGCUUCCACAACCUGAUCAAGACGCGGCAGGGUCGCAGCGGCAGCCUGGCGCCGAGCGUGGCCAACGCGGCGAUGAUGGCGGAGCUGCAGUUGGUGCUGGUCUGCGCGGUCCACGCGAGCAUGCGCCCCGACGUGAACACGGUCUGCCUGCCGCACGGCUACCUCGCCACGCUGAACCUGUGGAGCUGGAUGCAUCCGCCCAAUCCGCAGGUGAAACAUCACAGUGACAUCUUCAAGGCUAUUAAUGAGUUCAGCAGAGGCCAGCACCAACCUUCCGGCUACAACAGAAUGGUGAGGCACGUCAACUACUUGGCCUUCAUGGCGUGUGGCGAGCACAAUGAGUUUCUGCUGAAUGCCUGCAGUGAUGACCUCUGCGUGGAGUCGGGGGCAGCAGAGCGCCUGGUCGUGCUGUACCUGGUCAUGCUCGUUAACAUCCACAUCUUGAGGAGGGAGAACCUCCAGUUCUGCAUCCGCACGGCCGUCAGGAACGCCAACAAGCACCUCUCGCCCGAGAGACGGGACAGGCUGCCGCCACGUCUCCUGCACUGCUUGGAAGCGGCCGACGCGGCCAAAGGACCCAGGGAUGUGACGGUUAUUCUGGACGUGCUUCUGCAACAAAGAGAUGACGAGCGUCUCUAUGACUGCGUGUGGAGCUCGCAGAGGCGUGGCUUCUUCUAUCACAGGUUGUUGGCCUCCCGAUUUCCCGAGCAAUUUGAGUUUGACCCGGAGGAGUCGGGGAUUUCUACUUCGAACCCGGAGCGGUUCCUGAACGGCGACAGCGAGGAGAGGGGGGAGGAGUACGAGGACACCGAGCGGAGUGAGCUGCUGUUGCAGCAUCUGACCACGCGGCAGGAGAUGGAGGAGCGGAUGCAUCAGAAGGCUCGGCGCAGGUGGAGAACGGCCCUGCGAGCCCUGCAAUUUGCUAUGGCCCUGAGCGCCAAGCUGAGGGAGGAAGCCACGGGACAAACGGUUCUCAAACCCGCGCGGCUGACCCAGGAGUACUGCGGCGUGUGCGGCGUGAGCUUCGUGAAGGUGGAGGAGGAUGUCGAUGCCGCCGAGUGGGACGCAUACGGAUCGGCGAGCAAACCCGGAUUGAACGUCGAUUCCGCUGUCUAUGGAGCGUUCGGCAUCUCUGCGAGCGGUCACUACAAGUCCCGGGGCCACAUGUCCAGGAUGGCGCAGUAUCACGGCUACGUUGUCGAGUUCCGUCGUUUGGUCGAUCCGGCGAUGAGGAAGGCGACGGCGCAGCUCCGGCAGUCAGAAGAGCUGCGCCGUUGGGAGCGCACCGACGCACAGUUGGAGAUGCAUCGGGAGGAGCUGAAGGACGCGAUGAAGCACGUGGAGCAGCUGGAGUGCAAGCAGCGCACCAGCUUGCGAUGGGAUGUCUGUAAGAUGCUGCGGUCGACGGUGGAGCAUUUGGACAGAUGCACCACAGAGCUGGAGUCGAUUGUGGUCCGCGAAGUGGCUGACGCAGACAAGGUGCAUGAGGAUGAAGGAGAGCCAGAGGAGGCGACCUUCAAGGAGCUCGACCCCCUGCGCAAGAAGAAGCGCAGACCGGGGCGGCAGCGACGCUGAGCAGUCCGGCUCAAGCACUCGAACUUUGAACGGGGACUCCAGGCUCAUGGCUGAGCCUCUUCUGCCCCUGCUACACACACACACACCAUUUUCCGGACAAGGCAAUGUGGUUAUCCAGGAUUCCACGUGCCUGCAACAUUUUACAUUUUUUACAAAUUAGUUUGUGUUAAUACGUUUUGAAGGGUUUGUCUGUUACACAAUAUCUACCAAUAGGCAACUAGUUCCCAUGCCAAUUUAAAACUGUUCUUGCUUUAUAACAUUUUUCAUUUCAAGGCCAUGGUGGUACGGACCAAUGUGGUUGGCUUUUUGCUAUUCAGGCUAAUAGAGCAAAACGUGAACGACGCAUCCGCUGCGUGUCGCGGCGCAGUGAUCGCUGAGCGUUCGCAGUCCCCAGGGCGGCGCUGUCUCGGCUCGGGCUGCGCUUCCGCUGUCUCCUCCCCUGCAGGCUCACCCCACUCUCCUCCACAGUGGUACCCUCACGUGCCACUCUCCUCCACAGUGGUACCCUCACGUGCCACUCUCCUCCAUGGUGGCACCCUCACGCGCCACUCUCCUCCAUGGUGGUACCCUCACGUGCCACUCUCCUCCACAGUGGUACCCACACGCGCCACUCUCCUCCACGGUGGCACCCUCACGCGCCACUCUCCUCCAUGGUGGUACCCUCACGCACCACUCUCCUCCACAGUGGUACCCUCACGCGCCACUCUCCUCCACGGUGGCACCCUCACGCGCCACUCUCCUCCAUGGUGGUACCCUCACGCACCACUCUCCUCCACAGUGGUACCCUCACGCGCCACUCUCCUCCAUGGUGGCACCCUCACGCACCACUCUCCAUGGUGGCACCCUCACGCACCACUCUCCUCCACGGUGGCACCCUCACGCGCCACUUUCCACGGUGGCACCCUCACGCGCCACUCUCCACGGUGGCACCCUCACGCGCCACUCUCCUCCAUGGCGACACCAUCGUGAGCCAAGCUCGCAGUGCCGGAGAGACCGGCGCGAGACGGCGCAACUUCCUUUUUCACGCAGCUUCCCAGAAUCCCGAGUAGGCCGCGUCCCACACGUGCUUCUCUUGCCGUUAAACUGAAUCGUAGUUUUAUGGACCGUGCGUGGGCCUGUGUCCAGGUCAUCAUUGACCAAAAGUUGGCGUGAUGGACAUGAAUGUAGUUUGUUUUUAAUAGUUUACGUGGGGUUUAACUAGUUUUGUGUAACCACCGAGCACGUUAAUUUGAUGGCGUAGGCGCUUUCUAAGAUUGACAAUGACAUCAAUGAAAGAACACGAUAGAUCAUUUAGCAAUGAAUCUUUCUGCAUGGGAUUCGCUUCCCAGAUUUCUUCCACUGCACAAAUUAAGUGAAUUUUCUAACAUUUUUAAUAUGUUUUGUUACCUGUCAACGUGAUGAAUAUCAAUUCGGCAUUCCGUUUUGAGAACACCUUUUUGCAUCUUGUCUGUAUUCUUAAAACAGCAUACGUGGCCUUUUAUGUACAAUAGGAAUGUAGACACGUGAAUGAUGUCAUGCCAAAAUUUAAUUGUUUUACAUUAAAAAGGUCCAAUUCACUUCGAUUGUAGCCAGCAUUCCACCACUUUUUACAGGAAUGACGACCGCAUUUGCAAUCUGAGUGUGGCCCAGAGCGGCCAGGGUGAGGGCGGAGUGCAACGGUGCCGUGGGCGCUGAGGAGUUUCUACCGUGCAGUGCCGUCGUAGUUCACGCUGUCGGGGGGGUGCAGGGACAUUUUCAUCAAAAACUUUGGAGCAAAAAAAAUCGCAUUGCUCAAAUUGGUGCAGACGGUGAUGGAAGAAGCCACAGUUGUACGUGAAUACGGUGACUGUGAUCAUUGAUCAUGAUGGUGAUGCUUUUUACGCUGGCUGCUGCUGUUUGAUGAUGAUGGUGUGCGAGAUAGAAUAAUAAAGUCAGUUUGAUUUAAA